GAGGGAAGGGAACUUGCACCGCCGGAAGGAGCUCCUCGCUUCACGGCGCUGGGACUUGGGCUGGAGGGCAGGGGAUCAGCUAUGGAGCAACCUGAGCAGGACCCCACCUCAGACGACGUCAUGGACUCGUUCCUGGACAAGUUCCAGAGCCAGCCUUACCGUGGCGGCUUUCAUGAGGACCAGUGGGAGGAGGAAUUUGAAAAGGUCCCCCUAUUUAUGAAGAAAGCACCAUCAGAAAUUGACCCCAGGGAGAAUCCUGACUUGGCUUGUCUCCAGUCAAUUAUUUUUGAUGAAGAUCGUUCUCUAGAAGAACAGGCCAAGACCUAUAAAGAUGAAGGCAAUGAUUACUUUAAAGAAAAAGACUACAAGAAAGCUGUGAUUUCCUACACUGAAGGAUUAAAGAAGAAAUGUGCAGAUCUUGAUUUGAAUGCUGUCCUUUAUACCAACCGGGCAGCAGCACAGUACUAUCUGGGCAAUUUUCGUUCUGCUCUCAAUGAUGUGACGGCUGCCAGAAAGCUAAAACCCUGCCACCUCAAAGCAAUAAUAAGAGGUGCCUUAUGCCAUCUGGAACUGAAACACUUUGCUGAGGCCGUGAACUGGUGUGAUGAGGGACUGCAGAUAGAUGCCACAGAGAAGAAGCUUCUGGAAAUGAGGGCUAAAGCAGAUAAGCUGAAGCGAAUUGAACAGAGGGAUGUGAGGAAAGCCAACUUGAAAGAAAAGAAGGAGAGGAAUCAGAAUGAGGCUUUACUCCAGGCCAUCAAGGCUAGGAAUAUCAGGCUCUCUGAAGGUGUCUGUGAGGAUGAAGAUUCAGCCUCAGAAGGUCUAGGUGAGCUUUUCCUGGAUGGGCUUAGCUCUGAGAACCCCCAUGGAGCCAGGCUGAGUCUAGAUGACCAGGGCAGGCUGAGCUGGCCUGUGCUCUUUCUGUACCCGGAGUAUGCCCAGUCGGACUUCAUCUCUGCUUUUCAUGAGGACUCCAGGUUUAUUGAUCAUCUAAUGGUGAUGUUUGGUGAAACACCCUCUUGGGACCUAGAGCAAAAAUAUUGCCCUGAUAAUUUGGAGGUCUACUUUGAGGAUGAGGACAGGGCAGAACUGUACCGGGUGCCUGCCAAGAGCACCUUGCUGCAGGUUCUACAGCACCACAGGUACUUUGUAAAAGCCCUGACACCAGCAUUUUUGGUCUGUGUAAGAUCCUCUCCUUUUUGCAAGAAUUAUCUCCGGGGGAGAAAGGUGCACCAGAUAAGAUGACUGAGUCAGGCCCCCUGGAUCUCCUCCCUCACCUUCCUCUGCUGGGAACCUAGUACACCUGAAUCAGCUGGACAUACUGCUGGAGUCCAGUGCUUUAUUUCUGUCAGCCGGGGAUGGUCCUUCCUAGCAUCACGGUGGGGAGGAGCCUCUGGCUUCCCCGAACUGCAGCCUCUCUGGCUGGUCUUCACUUUCCUCAGUUGAUGUAAAACUCUGUCUUGGCCAGGACGUCCCUGGACUCCAUCUAAAGGGAUCAUCUGCUGCAGUUACCACAGCAGCUGACCUGAGUGACACCCUGGUCUGUGGAGAUGAAUUCAGGAUCCAUGUUUCUGAACUUUUGUGGAGUUCGAUACCUUAGAGAAGCUACCCCUCAAACUGCACAUCUCCACACAAACAAACUGUGCAUAGGAUUCCAAGGCUUCAAGCUGAGAGACCCUGGUCUCAAGUUACUUCAUGAGCACAGAAGGGAGCCAGGUAGGGUUGCUGUAGAUGCCUCGAGGUGAAAUGGGGGCAGAAAUCCCUGCUCUGCAUUUACAAAGACCGUGCAAACUGAGAUCCCUGGUACCCGUAAAAAGACUGCCAGUUUUCUUCAUCAUUGCCACAUGGAGGACUGUGACAGACUUGGACAGUGGCCUCUGAGUUCCUCUGCAGUUUUCACAUUUUAGGAUUUUAUGUCUUUUAAACUGGAAAAUCUUCUAGUGUGUCAGGCUGUUGUUAUAGGGUAUAGGAGUUUAUCCAUCCUGACCUGUAGCUGGAACUUCUUGCAGUGCCCACCCCAUCCCCCCGGGAGAGUGUACUUCCUUGCUCCUGAUGCAGAGGGAUGUGAGCGGGCAUGAGCUGUCCUGGGUCUGACAGAAGCCUGAAGAGCCAUGCGUUGUUGGCCCAUGCUCUUCCCUCUGCCGUGAGAACACGUUUUCCACAGAGGAGCCAUUCCACAGAGCUGAGCUACAGCAGCUGGCCUGCAGCCACUGCGUAUCACAGGAAUCAGAGAGCAGUGUUUGCCAUAGUAAGCAAUGAGAUUUGGGGAUUGGUUGUUACUAUAGCAGAGCUGACUAAUACAUCGGUAAACUAAAACCAGCUGCUGUCCUUAAA